CCUUACUGCUUUGUCAUCAGCCUCUGAUUGAGGAAGGCUCUGCUCUCCUGCACUGUUUGUGGAAGCUGAUAAAAUACCAGGUGUCUGCAGCCUCUGGGGAGAGCCCCACUUCUUUAUGAUGUGAUCAAUCACGUUCCAUUUUCAUUCAUACAAUACGCUGGCUUCAGGAGGCGAGAGGGCGGCUUCUGUCUGCUUUUCAUUCCUGCUUUGGUGCUCUUUCUGUGGGCAAGAGGAUUGUAAGAGAGCCUAUCCCUGGAGCUUCCUUAUCCCUCAUUUGCAUUUGAUCGUUAAGGAGAUCCUUUGGGAAUAUCAAACCUCCAUGUACGACAAUUUGUACCUGCAUGGAUUCGAAGACUCGGAGGCGGGUUCGGCUGACUCCUACACUAGCAGGCCCUCUGACUCAGAUGUCUCUCUUGAUGAGGAGCAAGGAGGUCAGCAGGAGAAAGAGCAACAGGCCACCGUCCAGCUGGAGAGGGCAAAGGCCAAAGCAGUGGCCUUUGCCGUGAGGACAAAUGUCAGCUACUGUGGUGCUCUGGAUGAGGAUGUCCCUGUCGCUGGCACUGCCAUUUCCUUUGAUGCUAAAGACUUCCUUCACAUAAAGGAGAAGUAUAACAAUGACUGGUGGAUUGGACGACUGGUGAAGGAAGGUAGUGAUAUCGGCUUCAUCCCCAGUCCUGUGAAACUGGAGAACAUUCGCUUACAACAGGAGCAAAAAAGGAGCCGCUUCCAUGGGAAGUCCAGUGGGAACUCCUCCUCCAGUAUGGGUGAAAUGGUGUCAGGCACCUUUAAGCCCAACCCUCCUUCUGCAGGAAAACAGAAACAGAAAGUGGCUGAGCACAUUCCUCCAUAUGAUGUGGUCCCCUCCAUGAGGCCGGUGGUCUUAGUUGGCCCAUCACUUAAGGGCUACGAGGUUACAGAUAUGAUGCAGAAAGCACUCUUUGACUUCCUGAAACACAGGUUUGAAGGCAGGAUAUCAAUCACAAGAGUAACUGCAGACAUCUCUUUAGCCAAGAGAUCUGUGUUGAAUAACCCCAGUAAGAGAGCCAUCAUCGAGAGAUCCAACACCAGAUCCAACUUAGCUGAGGUUCAGAGCGAGAUAGAGCGGAUCUUUGAAUUGGCCAGAUCACUUCAGCUGGUUGUACUGGAUGCAGAUACAAUCAACCAUCCGGCACAGCUCAUCAAGACCUCUUUAGCACCCAUUAUCGUACAUGUCAAAGUGUCUUCUCCAAAGGUAUUGCAGCGGCUAAUCAAAUCACGAGGGAAGUCUCAGAGCAAGCAUUUAAAUGUACAACUGGUCGCAGCAGACAAAUUAGCUCAGUGUCCUCCAGAAAUGUUUGAUGUUAUUUUGGAUGAGAACCAGCUUGAGGAUGCAUGUGAACACCUGGCUGAGUACCUAGAGGCCUACUGGCGUGCAACUCACAUGUCCCUCAGCACUCCUCUCAACCCUCUGCUGGGCCACAACCUGGGCUCCACUGUACUGUCUUCAUAUCCCACAGCCAUCUCUGGACUACAGAGCCAAAGAAAUAAAAACAGCAAUCACAUCACUGACCAUUCUCCAGUGGAAAGGCACAGCUUGAUGACCUCUGAUGAAAACUACUACAACAAAGAACGGCAAAAGAAGAGUCACAACCGCCUGUCCUCCUGCUCCCAGCAAAGUCGUGACCACUACCCUCUGGUAGAGGAGGACUACCAAGAUCCCUAUCAGGAUGCAUACAAACCCCACCGCAACAGAGAAUCCCCCGGGGGCUACAGUAACGACUCACGGCAUAGACUCUGAAUUAAUAUCUGAGAGCUGUGAGGUAACACGUAAUUGUGUAAGCCCUUUCCCAAAAAUGCAGUGCAAUCCAGGUCCCCACCCAUGGACUGUCUCAACUAAAAGCAAAAUCUGAGCAACCUGGUCCGUCUAAGUAAGGCCGCUAUUUGCAGCCCUUGCAUAUCUUUUGUAAGGCAGUUGGAGAUUUGAGGUGCAGAUAUUUAUCUGCAAUGGUUAAGAAUAGAUGUUAUCUUGAAGGAGUGAAAACUAUAAUACAGGGUGACCAUUUCUGGUCUAUAAUUUCUCGUAUUUCAGGCUUAGGCCCUAUGUCUAAUUCUUCACAGAGUUUUCAGCAUUCUCUAUAUUGCAGGACUUGCUGUGGUGGCAUGCUGAUUUUCACUUUGAACUAGUGCCUGCAUGCAGAAAUGCUCAACAGUGGCAGCAGCCAAUCAGCAUAGAGCCUUUUUGCACGAUCGCAGUAGCCAAUGGAAGCAGAGUGUCAUGCAUUCACUGUUUGUUUAUUUCUGUUUUGGUCUUUAUUUUGGAUGUUCUUGUCCUUUGCCUAGAGGUACAGAGCAGGAAAAUGUCAUACGUGACAUAAUAUCCUAAAUAUUUCUUUGACCUCUCUCUAUUUACCUAUCUAUGAAGAAAAUUAAGCCUUUUUAGAACUAAAUUCAUUUUAUUUUAUUUAUUUUUUUGCAUUUGCAUUUGCAUAAUUGUAUUUCCAAUUACAUUUAUAUAAAAGGAGAUGUUAGGUAGAAUGACGGCCUAAAAGUGUAUGGUAACUGAGACUAACAUGUAAGGAUUCCAUUAAAUAAGUACACAUAACAUAGUAAAAAUUCUUAGUGCAUUCCUGAAAUUCGUUCAGGAGUCAGACUACACUGGUCACCCUGUAUAUUUUGAGCUAUAGAUUCAAAAGAACCAACUCAUAAGAGGCAUUUGUUUGUGAAUCUGGCUACACUGGUCACACUGUAGGUAACACGCUGUAGAUUCAAAAGAACCAGCUCAUAAGAGUAAUUCAUUUGGGAGUUUGACUACAGUGGUCGCGCUGUAUAUUUCGAGCUGUAGAUUAAAAAGAACUGACUCAUAAGAAGCAUUUGUUCAGGAAUCUGGCUACACUGGUUGCAUUGCAUGUUUUGCGCUGUAGAUUCAAAAGGACCGGCUCAUAAGAGUCAUUUGUUCGGGAGUCGGACUACACUGGUCGCGCUGUAUAUUUUGAGCUGUAGAUUCAAAAGAACCGACUCAUAAGAGUCAAUUGUUCGGGAAUCUGGCUACACUGGUUGUGUUGCAUGUUUUGCGCUGUAGAUUCAAAAGAACUGGCUCAUAAGAGUAAUUCGUUCGGGAGUCGGAGUACACUUGUUGCGCUGUAUAUUUCGAGCUGCAGAUUCAAAAGAAAAGACUCAUGAGCCAUUUUGUUGGGAAUCUGGCUACAAUGGUCGCACUGUAUGUUCGUGCUGUAGAUUCUAAAGACCUGGCUCAUAAGAGUCAUUCGUUUGGGAGUCAGACUACACUGGUCGAGCUGUAGAUUCAAAAGAACUCAUGAGUAAUUAGUUCAUAAUAGUCAUCCGUUUGACUAUCGGACUGGUCAUGCUGUAUAUUUUGUACUUUAGUGAUAUAAGAAUGCAACUUUUCCUGACGGACCAAAACUGUCAAUAAAGGUCACAUGUGAGCACGCUGUCCCCUUAUUGGUCACUAUGUUUGUUCACUGUUCCAGGAAUAAGCUCAUCCAUUGAUAUACCGGUUAAAAUUAUAUGCCUCUAAAAAAUGUGUCAACCAUUACAAAUUUUAGAGAAUUUUCGAGCGUCGCCAGUUAGAGGUUGUGCUCUAAAUACAAAUUAUCACUCUGAUGAUAUGAGUUUUAAAGUUUCCGUCAUGGUUAUUUUUAUCCGUCAUUAGUUGCUUUUGCAUUAUUUCUCCAUUGAAACAUGCCUGUUCUCACAGAUCUCUCUCUCUCCCUCUCUCAGGAUUCCAUUAAAUACACACGUGCACACAUGCACACACACACAAACAGCAGAGUUAAGCCGUGUAAAAAUGUUUUACUCUGUUUGCUAACGCCGUCCUACCCAUGUUCUGCCACUAUUGAAAAGAGAGAAACAAUCAUACUAAAAUUACCUCAGGAAUUAUAAAGCAGCUCCUAUUUUAAACGUGCAAUUAUAUCUAAUAUAGUUGCCAAAAGGCUAUCCAUGUUUUGAUGAAAUACAGAGAAGUGCUGAUCAACAGAUGUCUUCUCCAAAGAUCCCUCAGUUAUGUUCAUGGUUUUUAUAGGGAUAUUGUUUCGUUGGUCCGUUGGGUCGGUUCGCAUUCUCACGUCAAGUGAACCGCUCCAGAGUUCAUUUGCAAUUGCUCCGAGACCACCUCAUUCAGGCGGUCGUGGACCGAUUGUUUUGGUGCGGAUCCGAGUGUGAUUGCCGUGUUCAUAUAAGCCUAAACGAACUGAACCAAGGGAAAAAGCAUGCAAGGUUCCGAAACAAAUGCACCAAACGAGCCAGGUGUGAAAACGCCCUAAGACCAACAUACUGCUUAAGAUCUCCUUUUUGUGUUCCAUUGAAGAAAGAAAGUUAGACAGCUUUGGAACAACAUUAGAGUAAAUGAAGACAGAUUUUUUGGCUAAACUAUACCUUUAAUUUUCUUUAAAAAACAGGCUUCAUUUUCUUCAUUCCUUUUUUGGGGGGGUUCUUGUGGUUUUAUAAUAAAGAGUAGUCUUACUCCCAGGAGUCUGGUUUGAUGCUCAUAUCACAUUUUAUUUUCUGUGCUAUACUGUAUUUCUAUUGCUGUGGUUUGUUUUUAGGUAUAGACCUUAUUCAUGCUAGUGCCAUCUUUGAUUUUUAAUGGGAAUGACAAGGAGGCUGCGAGGGAUAGACUAACCUUCAAUGGGCUGUACUGCAGUUUAAAGUGUUUUUGGAUCGUUCCGUUGACAAAACAUUGAGAAAAAAUAUCUAUCCAAGAACAUUUAGUAUACAAAGAACUCCAGACAACAAGAGUUGUGGAAAAUCAGAUGUGAUGUAGGAGCUUUAUACAGCUUUAUACUGUUUGUGCCAUUGAAGAGAUGGUAAGUCUAUCCUUCACAAAGAUGGCUCUAGCGUGAAUAAGGUCUGUUGGGUUCUGGUUGUGGUCUUAAAGGAAUAGUUCUCCCAAAAAUGACAAUUCUCUCAUCAUUUACUCACCGUCAUGCCAUCCCAGAUGUGUAUGACUUUCUUUCUUCAGCAGAACACAAAUUUUUAAGAUUUUUAGAAGAAUUUCUCAGCUCUUUUGGUCCAUAUAAUGCAAGUGAAUGGGUGCCAAAAUUUUGAAGCUCCAAGUCAACAUAAAAGUAAUCCAUAUGACUCCAGUGGUUAAAUCAUUGUUUCCAGAAGCGAUUUGAUAGGUGUGGGUGAGAACCAGAUCAAUAUUUAAGUCCAAUUUUACUAUAAAUUCUCCUCCCUGCGCAGUCAGUAGGGAUGGGCGGAUCCAUCCUAAAGUAUCGAUACUUCCGAUACUGAUGUUGUAUCAAAGAUAUCGAUCCUCACACAAAAAUAUCAAUUCUAACUUUUUUUUCUUUUUUUUUUACUAGGGAUAUUAUUAUUUGGUGAACAAUAUUAUUAUGAACAAUAAUCAUAAGCUUCAAAGUGAAAUAAAAAGGAUUAUGCUAUAUUAGCAAAUACUUGUGCAGGAUGGAAAUAUUUCUUCCGCUCAUCUUAAUAUGCUGAAAAACACAAGCAGACAAGCACUUGCACCAUCACAAGGCUCGUUCAAACAAGAGGGAUUAGUGCCUUGUAGAGGUAAUGAUAGAAAUCAGAGAAACAGCUUCUGGAGUAAAUUAAAAUAAAAUAACAAUAUAUCUAAAGUUGAAAUUUCUUAUAAUGAGUUUGUGUGUAAUUGUUAAUAAUAAGUAAUUAAAAAAAAUAGGCUGUGUACGGAAUCGUUCACUCAUUCACUAUUUCCUAUAUAGUGAAUGGCAGUGAGUGCACUAUAUCUCAGUAGUGAGUGAAGGAAAUGAGUGAGUGAAUUCAGACGCUGACGUAUACACAGAGCGUCGGAGCUCUGGGGCUGUCGCAGAAACAACGUCACAUAUAAACUUUUAAAAUACUUGGGCCUCACUUGUUAUUCUUAUUAAAUAAUAUAUUAAUACAAAAAAUCUUCAUUCUGUUUGUCAUUUUUAAUAUAUAUGUUAUUAUAAAAAGUAAACACAUUUUAUCAGAUGUACAUUAUUGUAUUUAUUAGUUUUACUUUAGUAUCUUUAAACUCCAAUACAAGCUGGGUAGCGUUUCUGAGCGCAUAGCGCCCUCAUCCGAUCAUAACCUACAUGUUAUAACCACAGAAUUAUCAUUUCCACUGUGUGCAGUCUCCUGAGUUAAAAUAAUAUCACCUCAGUGAAUUAUUUAGUAAAUAUAGAAUUCUUCAGCUUAAUGGCAAAAUUCUGUAUAAAUAUAAAUAAAGAGAACAUUUUAAAACAUAUCUGUAUGUUUUGCCUCUCUAUAUGUUAUUAUGUUAUUUUAAUCAAGUAAUGAUUUGUCAAAAAUUAAUUUAAUACAUUCAGCAUGAAAUAAAACAUAGCAGGAGUGAAGGAAGCAGUAAACUCCCAGCUCAUACAUCUUCCCUGCAGUGGAUUAACCAUUGUCGAGUGUACAUUGAAUUAUUAGAGUGCAUUGUGGGUAAGAAUGAGUGAACAAAUUAGGGAAGGAGUGGCUCACUCAGAAUUCAGCCACUUCUACGAAAUGGCACUCCUAUAGUGGAUAGGGUGCGGUUUCAGACACAGCAAUAGUUAACCAUUGUUUUACUAAAGUAAUAUUAUAGUAACCAUGUAUGUUUUUUUUUUUUUUUGGCCUGAAACCAUGGUUUUACUACAUUAAUAUUGUAGUAGUAACCAUGGUUAAUUGUGUGGUAACUAUGUUUUAACUAAUUACCAUGGUUAAACUAUAGUUACUGUAGUGAAACCAUGGCUAAUUUGUGUAAGGGUAAACAAAACAGAAGUCUAAUAAUUUUUUGUUUAGGCUCACAAAUGUACAUAAAUAAAUAAAUAAAUGACGAAGUAUGACUAAAAAUAAUAUUUUUAAUUACCCAUUUUAUCCCAAGAAAUCGCAAAAAAAAUCAGUUUUAUAGAAUUAUCGGUAUCGGUAUCGACGAUAUUGGACUUGAAAUUACUGGUAUCAGAUCAAAAAGAAAAUAAGUGGUAUCGCCCGUCCCUAUCGGUCAGGCUGCACUUUAGCUUUUACUUUCACAUUCUUUUUCUUGUGCUUUUGGUGAUUCACAUUCUUCAUUCAUAUGCCCCCUACUGGGCAGGAAGCAGAAUUUCAAGCAAAAAAUGACAAAUAUUGAUCUGUUUCUCACCCACACUUAUAAUAUCACUUCAGAAGAUAUGGAUUUCAUCACUGGAGUCAUAUGGAUUACUUUUAUGCUGCCUUUAUGUGCUUUUUGGAGUGUCAACAUGUUGGCACCCAUUCACUUGCAUUGUAUGGACCUGCAGAGCUGAAAUAUUCUUCUAAAAAUCUUCAUUGGUGUUCUGCAGAAGAAAGAAAGUCAUACACAUCUGGAAUGGCAUGAGGGUGAGUAAUCGAUGAGAGAAUUUUCAUUUUUGGGUGAACUAUUCCUUUAAUACCACAAAAAUGUGUGGCAGCUAAGUGGAGAUUCAUUCUUUCAUUAAACCUACUUUCCACAGUCAGGUCUGUGGAUCAAUAUGUCUCUAGAAAAUGUCUCUGGUCUGUUAAGGUUUAUGAGACUAUUUAGUGUGUGCCUGAGCAAUAGUAAAGUUUCUGUGUGUCGUAGCAGGUACACUGAAGGUUUAUAUGUGAUUUUAAAAAUAUUUGAAAAUAAAUUUAGAUAAUUAGACUUCAGACAACAUGGCAUACAAAGUACAAGCUAUAAAAUAUUUUUAUAUAAUUUAAUUGUAUUAAUAUUAUAUAUUAUAAUUAUCAUUUACAUUUUUUAUUUAUUUAUUUUUCUGUGAAGGCUUUAUCUGAAAAUCAUGCAAGAUGACCUGACAUCUUAUGUGACUCAUUUGCAUGUUUUCAGGAUGUUGACAGUUGUGUUUUACUUGACUCAUUUCUUGCUAAUACACAAUAUCAGAGUUUUGCAAAUCGACUUAAUGACCUGAAUUGUUUUGUGUUGGCAUGUUCAGAUCACAGGUUCUGAUUUGUUUCCUCUCACAGAUAUUGCUGUUGUGUGUUUGUAACAGCACAACAGAGAUGGAACACAAGCUGUGUUAAUUUAAGUAAUACUAUAGUUUUACUCUGUAAGUUUUUAUCCUUCAGUGAUUUCAUAGUUGAGAUUUAAGCAUUUUAUGUUUUAUGUGCAACUGGUGUAGAAACAACUGGACUUGAUCAGUUUCCACUCUGACUUGAGUUGUCAAUAAACCUGUAUUUAUGAGGUAGCUUUGAUAGUAGUGUAAACUGUAAAGUUGCCCUGUGCAGAACCAAUAAGAAGGUCCAUAGGUUGUUUUCUGUAUUUGCGUAGCAUUUGAAAGCAUUCUGUAAAUCCUUCUUGCUGGAGGUGAGGGGUCAGUAGAAGUCAAUGUAGUUUGUGUAAAGUGCCCUUACUGUCUUUCUUAUCACUGCCACCCCCUUUUCCCCCACCCACCUGCAUUAUACAUGAGGAAUAUUUCUGAAGCUAUAAAAGAAGUAACAUACAAUUCCAUUGUCUUGUUUAAUGCAUGUUCAUUACCUCUCUUUGAAUCAGACAGAAUUUGAGGAUCCCUUGAACUAAAACACAAAAUAUUUUGGUGUAUGGCUCCAAACAUCAAAUGACCCGUUUUAUGGUUCUUUGAUAUGCAGUUGAAACCGUAUUUUUGUGACUCUAGUGUAUAUUGUAGCCAAUGCUCAGGACCCACCAUUACAUUUAUGACAUACAUUCUGUUUUUACCCAUUUUUGUAUCUAUUAAUUUCUCAUACUUCUUUUUCAAUUUCAGUCAAUACAUUCCCUGCCAGUGACUUUAGGAUUAUGCCUUAACUGUAUAAUAAGGUGUAUAUGUUUGAUUUUCUCAAACUUUAGCAGAGAGUUCUGUAAAUUUGUUUUACUUUUGAAUGUGUGUUAACCAUGUACAGUACAUCCUAUACGUAAUGUCAUUCUGUGCAUGUUAAAUUGGUCAACUCCUGGUCAGACUUAAUUCAUAUCGUAGAAGAAGAAAAAAGUGUGUACUUCCUAUUUCAUACCACCAUGACCAGAUUUUCACUGAAACGUCCCAUUCCCAGGAUAGAUGGUUUUUUUUUCCUUUAGUGAAUGUUCUGUAUCAUGCAAUGGCAUGUUGGUAAAAGACAACGAGAAAUUUAUUUAAAAUAAAUGACAGCCUUUUACUAUGCAAAAGUGUACAGUGCUGCAUGCUAAUGCUUUACCUCUGUCUGCAACUUAAUGGCUUCAAAUGGAGUUCAAGUGGAAUUGUGAGUAUUAUUUGUGCAGGAUGGUAUUUGAGAGAAAUGCAAACCUGCAAGCAUAAUAUUCCAUUUUGCAUUAUCAGAUUAAAGAAACAUGUUUUUGGGGAAAUAGAUGUGUAAGAAGAAGUAAUUUAGGUGCAUUUAGUUUUCUUUUGUAAAAUAAAAUGUAAUGUAAAUGACA